CAUUAGAAAUAACCUAUUUUUUUCUAUGGCAAUAACACAAGAUGGCUCAAUGUAGCUACAGUAAACUCUCAAAUUUUUUAAAUUAACAACCGCUAACCUAAAUAAACCAACAUUGUUACGGACAGGGAGAGAUAUUCAUCAUGCUCCACAACGCGGAAAAUAUUUCAUACGUUUUCAUAAGGUACGAUUCUAGCUCUCUUGCUAAAAUUGUUUACAACUAACCAGCGGACCAACUAGCUACAACUAAAUAGCUAGGUAACUUGCUACAUGCUAGCUAAAUAAAUGCUAGCAAGUUCACUCUACAUAGCUAGUUAGCCAUUGAGGCCAAUUAUGUCGCAUGUUUGUUUACUUAUCGGUAUAAACUUGAACAGCAACUCUUUAAGAUUUACAUCAUGUAUAUAUAUACAAGUUACAUUCAAGUUUAUCAUGUGUUGUUGAUAAACUCAGUUUCUCAUUCCAUGAUAUGUCUCUGUACUCCCCAGACCUCAGGUCCUGAGAGGGCAUUGCAGGAGAGACAGAAGCAGCACAUGGCUCGGGGCUUGCCCAAACAAAAGCCCAUUGCUGGAGUGAAACAAGUUAUUGUGGUGGCCUCAGGGAAGGGGGGUGUUGGGAAAUCAACCACUGCAGGUAAGCAGGUUCUUAUUGGGCUCUGUGCUGCUCAUUCAUGAAACAUUUGCACAAAUGUGUACAACUUGCAUACAUUUCAACAGAUAGUGGUUUGGUCUGAUCUUUAUGAAAUACAUUUUUAUACAGUGUAGUCAUUUGCUAGCCUACUACCUUGUUCCUCCCCUCAACAGUGAAUUUGGCCCUUGGACUCACAGCUAAUGAUCCAGUAAGGAAAGCACCAUUAUUAAUUUGCACAUUUUGUAAUUACUGUUGCAUACCCAUUUUUUCCCAAAUGGGAAUGCAGAACCAUGACAAUCUCUCUCUCUCUCUGUUUUACUACAUUGUCCACUCAGUCGCUCUUCAUUUCUCUUUUCUGCACACAGAGUAAAACAGUGGGCAUCUUAGACGCUGAUGUUUACGGUCCCUCAGUUCCUAAGCUGAUGAACCUGAAGGGGAACCCAGAACUAACUGACAGUAGGAGACAUCUAUCUGCAUGAAGUCUAGCUUGAGGAAUAACAAUGAUGUGUUAGAUGUUUCCAUUCAUUACAGAGAUCAAAUUGAAAAGACGACCUACAAAGUUGUGUGGUGUUUUCUUUGUGUUUUCAGACAACCUCAUGAGACCACUUAUGAAUUUUGGGAUUCCUUGGUGAGUAUAUUUAUCUCCAAUUGCAAGUGACAGGGGAGGUAAGCAAAUACAUGAAUAAUUGAGUCAUUGACUGUCAUGUCCAUCUCUCAUCCUUCUGUCCUCAGUAUGUCCAUGGGGUUUCUGGUAGAGGAUGUUGCACCCAUUGUCUGGAGGGGCCUGAUGGUGAUGUCGGCUAUAGAGAAGCUACUUAGACAGGUGGGGGAGACUGAUCAUUCAUGUACACUGCCCUACAAAGGCAAAGUUGCAGUAACUACGAAUUUGGUCAAAAAUCUUAGUUCUGUUGUAAUGGCCUGGUAUAUAUAAGCAAUAAGGCCCGAGGGGGUGUGGUAUAUGGCCAAUAUACAACGGCUAAGGGCUGUUCUUAUGCACGAUGCAACGCGGAGUGCCUGGAUACAGCCCUUAGCCGGGGUAUAUUGGCCAUAUACCACAAACCCCCAAGGUGCCUUAUUGCUAUUAUAAACUGGAUAUCAACUUAAUUAGAGCAAUACAAAUAUAUGUUUUGUCAUACCGUGGUAUACGGUCUGAUAUACCGCGGCUGUCUUCCAAUCAGCAUUCAGGGCUCGAACCACUCAGUUUAUAAUAUCUGAUUAACGUGGUUUUUCGUUUUCUGAGACAAGAACAAGCCAGUCGAUCAGAAUAUAUCAUGAAGUACCAGAAUUUAGACAGACUUUGCAGUGAGAUUUUGCAGUAAAAAAAAAACGUUGCCUUUGUAGGACAGUACAGUUAUCCGUGUUAGUUUUUAUACUUGCGAUAUCGAGAGUAACAGCUACUAGAAAUGUUAGGUCGCCAUGUCAUUAUUAUUUUUUAAACCUAUGCAGGUAGAUUGGGGACUGCUGGACUACCUGGUUAUUGACAUGCCACCUGGGACUGGAGAUGUUCAGUUAUCGAUCACUCAGAACAUUCCAAUAGCAGGAGCAGUGAUUGUGUCCACUCCUCAGGAUAUUGCCUUGCUGGAUGCACGCAGAGGAGCAGAAAUGUUCAAGAAGGUCAAUGUACCGGUAAGAGCUUUGGAUGCAAAAUGCGGUUUUAUAUAAACUCUGCAUAAUUAUGACACAUUUCAUACUUAAAUUAUUUUCUGAAUGACCUUGGUAAGGACAAAAUACAAAUUUGUGAGAUAUUGAUCUAUGCACACUGAACAAAAAUAUAAAUGCAACAUUUCAAAGAUUGUAUUGUACUGAGUUACAGUUCAUAUAAGGAAAUCAGUCAAUUGAAAAAUCUAUGGAUUUCACAUGACUGGGAAUACAGAUAUGCAUCUGUUGGUCACAGAUACCUUUAAAAAAAGGUAGGGGCAUGGAUCAGAAAACCAGUCAGUAUCUGGUGUGACCACCAUUUGCCUCAUGCAGCGCGACACACCUUCCUUCGCAUAGAAUUGAUCAGGCUGUUGAUUGUGGCCUGUGGAAAGUUGUCCUACUCCUCUUCAAUGGCUGUGCAAAGUUGCUGGAUAUUUGUGGGAACUGGAACACGCUGUCGUACAUGUCAAUCCAGAACAUCCCAAACAUGCUCAAUGGGUGACAUGUCUGGUGACUAUACAGGCCAUGGAAGAACUGGGACAUUUUCAGCAUCCAGGAAUUGUGUUCAGAUCCUUGCGACAUGGGGCUGUGCAUUAUCAUGCUGAAACAUAAGGUGAUGGCGGCGGAUGAAUUGCACGACAAUGGACCUCAGGAUCUCGUCACGGUAUCUUUGUGCAUUCAAAUUGACAUUGAUAAAAUGCAAUUGUGUUCGUUGUCUGUAGCUUAUGCCUGCCCAUACCGUAACCCCACCGCCACCAUGAGGCACUCUGUUCACAACAUUGACAUCAGCAAACCGCUCGCCUACACGACGCCAUACUGUCUGCCAUCUGCCUGGUACAGUUAAAACCGGGAUUCAUCCAUGAAGAGCACACUUCUCCAGUGUGCCAGUGGCCAUCGAAGGUGAGCAUUUGCCCACUGAAGUCGGUUACGACGCCGAACUGCAGUCAGGUCAAGCCCCUGGUGAGGACAACGAGCACGCAGAUGAGCUUCCCUGAGACGGUUUUUGACAGUUUGUGCAGUAAUUCUUUGGUUGUUCAAACCCACAGUUUCAUCAGCUGUCCAGGUGGCUCAUCUCAGAUCAUCUCGCAGGUGAAGAAGCCAGAUGUUGAGUUCCUGAGCUGGCGUGGUUACACAUGGUCUGCGGUUGUGAGGCCGGUUGGAUGUACUGCUAAAUUCUCUAAACAACGUUGAGGUGCCUUAUGGUAGAGAAAUUAACUUGAAAUUAUCUGGCAACAGCUCUGGUGGAUAUUCCUGCAGUCAGCCUGCCAAUUGCACGCUCCCUCAAAACUUGAGACAUGGGUGGCAUUGUGUGACAAAACUGCACAUUUUAGAGUGGCCUUUUAUUUUCCCAGCACAAGGUGCACCUGUGUAAUGAUCAUGCUGUUUCAUCAGCUUCUUGAUAUGCUGAACCUGUCAGGUGGAUGGAUUAUCCUGACUAAAUGAGAAAUGCUCACUAACGGAGAAAUACGUUUUUUGUGCGUAUGGAAAAUGUCUGGGAUCUUUUAUUUCAGCUCAUGAAAUGUGGGACCAACACUUUUACAUGUUGCGGUUAUAUUUUUAUUCUGUGUAUAUAUAUAUAUAUAUAUAUAUGUCACAUCUCAUAGGUCCUGGGUAUAGUCCAGAAUAUGAGCGUGUUUCAGUGCCCAAAGUGUAACCACCAGACCCACAUCUUUGGGGCAGAUGGAGCAAGGGCCCUUGCUGAUACUCUGGGAGUACAAGUAUUGGGUAAGACCAAUUUCAAACAUAAGUCAUUACAGAGUUCAUAAUUUCUCUCAAUCUCAUAUGUAAUAGAAUGAUAGUAUAGUGUAGAGUAGAGACUGAUGUCUCUCCCUCUGUCUAGGAGACAUUCCUCUACACCUGAGCAUCAGAGAGAUGUCAGACAGAGGCCAGCCUGUGGUGGUGUCCUCACCGGACAGCCCUGAGGUUGGUAGGCUGCUUGGAUGAUAAUAGAUAAUCAAGAUAAACAUGGGCAAUGUUGGAAAACAAAACAGUGUAUUCUUCACGAUAACAUUGUGUAAAUUUGACACUUUUGAGAGUUUGCCAUGUUAGUUUUCUACCUGGGUUUGUUUAGUAUGUCUGCCUAUGCCUAUUGUUUUAGGCUGAGGCCUACAGAAAGGUGGCGACUGCCGUGGUCCAGCGUCUACAAGAACUCUCUGGUUGAGUUAUUGCCAUCUACUGUGUAGGACAACUGGACAACUCGUCAUCUACAGGAGAUACAGUGCAUUCGGAAAGUAUUCAGACCCCUUGACUAUUUCCACAUUUUGUUACGUUACAGCCUUA